CGCAAACCUGUCAAUUACGUCAAGAUCGGACAAUUAGGCGGGAAGCUCAGAGUAUAUACGCAUAUAUCGUCGAUACUCGGCCAUUGAGAGACGCAAAAGACACGCAGUAUCAAGAAAUAAUUGUCGAGAUGAUGUCAGCAAACAUGUACGGCUUAACGGAAGGAGCGUUAGAGAAAAUCAUGAAAGGCGUAGAUGUAGACAAGCCGGUAUUUCAAAUGUUGGGUUAUAAAAAACUACCAAAUAAAGAUGGUACAAUUGGUAAUGAUCGAUAUAGAUUACUUGUUUCUGAUGGAAAAAACAUGAAUUCGUUUACAAUGUUGGCUACUCAAUUAAAUCACCUGAUAGAAAAUAAUAUUUUGACUGAAUAUGCAAUCUGCAAAGUCUCAAACUAUCAUCUGUCUUCGGUGAACAGUGGUGGCAAAGAAAAACGUGUGAUACUAAUAAUGGGUAUCGAGGUAACAACUCCUGGCAGCAAAGUUGGAUGUAAACUAGGAAAUCCAACUAAUAUAGAGAGCAAGUCAGAAGCUGAUUCAACUACAGCUGAUAAAUCUACUGGACAAACUACUGGACGUUAUCAAACUAAUGGUACAGCUCAAAGAAGCAAUUCAAAUAAUUACGGUUCUUCUGAUAUAUCUACUACACCGAUUGCAGCAUUAAGUCCUUACCAAAACAAAUGGGUGAUUAAAGUUCGUGUGACUAAUAAAUCUCCAAUCAGAACAUGGAGCAAUUCUCGUGGGGAGGGUAAAGUAUUCUCUAUGGAUCUGAUUGAUGAGAGCGGCGAAAUUCGAUGCACCGCAUUUAGAGAUAUGUGCGAUAAAUUCUAUGAUAUGCUGGAGAUUGGAAAUGUAUACUAUAUCUCCCGAUGUCAGCUGAAGGCAGCGAAUAAACAGUUCAACUCAUUAAAAAAUGAUUAUGAGAUGACAAUGACCAAUGAUACUGAGAUCGUGCCAUGUCACGAAAACAUUGAAGACAUACCGACAUUGCAAUUCAACUUUUGUUCUAUAAGUCAAGUGGAAAACAAGGAAAGGAAUGAUAUAAUAGAUGUAUUGGGCGUUGUUACAACAUUUAAUGAUGUGCAACAUAUCGUAAAGCGAAAUACUGGUCAAGAAUUUGUUAAGAGAGAUAUCAAUAUCGUCGACGACAGCAAUGCGAUGGUAAGCGUUACGCUUUGGGGAAAACAGGCCGAAGAUUUUGAUGGUUCUAAUAACCCGAUCAUAGCCAUUAAAGGAGCACGCAUUGGAGAGUUCAAUGGCGGAAAGAAUUUGUCCCUUUUAAAUUCAUCCACACUUGAAAAGGAUCCAGAUUUACCAGAAGCACAUAGAUUGCGUGGGUGGUAUACUACAGUCGGUCAUUCGGAGAAUGCUAAAUCACUAUCCAGAGUAGGUGGUGGUGGUGAUUUCAAUGCGCCAUUACACACUUUCGAGGAGGCAACCGAAGCACGGUUGGGAGAGAAACUAAAUAUCCCAGAUAGUUAUACAGUGAUGGCCACUAUAUGCUUAAUUCGCGUAGAAAAUUCUAUUUACAAGGCAUGUCCUGUAGAAAGUUGUAAGAAAAAGUUAAUUGAUCAAUCUACUGGAAUAUUCAGAUGUGAGAAGUGUAAUAGAGAUUAUCCGAAUUUUGUAUAUCGCUUGCUAGCAAGUAUGAAUAUAGCGGAUGCAACAGGCAGUCGCUGGAUAACUGCCUUCAGCGAAGAUGCCGAGAAGAUAUUAGGCAUGUCAGCGCAAGAAUUAGGAGAAUUAAAGGAGAAUGAUAAUGAAGCUUAUAUGCAAAAAUUCGGCGACGCAAACUUCAAGAGAUUCAUGUUCAGUUUGAGGGCGAAAUCAGAAGUUUUUCAGGAUGAAAUGAGAGUGAGACAUACCUGUUCAUCGGUGGCUCCGCUAAAUUAUAAGACUCAUUUGACACAUCUGAUAGACAAAGUUUCUAAGCUGGUACACAUCGAGAGACUGGAAUCUAACUGAAGAUGUCACGCAUUUUGAUACAAAUAAGCUUAUAUUUUUGAAAUUUAUAUGUGUAUUUUAAAAUACGAUUAUCUUAGUCUUAGGUAUUACAUUAUUCUUUAUUUUUAUACAGAUAAUUGUUUAUUUAUAAAUCGUCUGUUAUGCGCGAUAA